AUGUCAGCGGCUGUAGCAGCCAGACAAGGUGGUACUGCUCACAACGGGAACUCGAACUCGAAUUCUCGUAUGGGCACAGGCUCUCCAGUUGAUACUAAGAGAAAUGUUAAGGGCGAAGAUAAAUCUUCACGACCCUCAUCUGCGUCUUCUUAUAAUCAACGAGACUCUUCCAAAAUUGGUUCUCCAAAACAGACUUCCCAUGCGCAAUCACUUGCAUCAUCAAAUACUUCGAGCUCGCUACAUCCUCCUCAGGUAUCGAUAAAUCAGCCACCAGAUAUUUCGAAUCCUGCGCCAAACCCCUCUAAUCCUUCAAACUCACCCCCGAAUCAACAUGUUAAACAGGCACCGCGCUCCCUUCCCCCACCCCCACCACCCGGUCAGUCCCAGAGAGAUACUCCCGGAGACUACUUCGCCAUCAACCACCACAGUCGCCUCGACCAAGAGCCAAACGUUUUUGAACAAUCAUUUGCAAAUCCAGGAACAACCCCUAACGACCCUCUAGCCACACCCAAGGCAAUUCUUCCGCCUGUGACAGCUAUAACAUCCCCUGCCUCUUUGCUACCAGGGGCUCAUCAUCUCAGCUGGGGUAUCAACUCUCUCAGGUCUGGACCGCUGUCCCCUGCUAUGCUUCAGGGACCUACAACUAGUUCCGGCGGAGUUGGGGCUAGCAGCUCAUUAGGGUUCGAGUCACAUAUUCGAACCGGGUUAACACCCAACGAGUCGGGCAUCAGGAGUGGAUUGACUCCCGGAGGAUCUGGCUCUAUUUUUGCCCAACCUCAAAAUACCAUGUUUCAAUUUGCCACCAGUGGUGGUGGGACUACACCAGGGACUUUAGAAUUCCACAAGACAGCUAUAUCUGCCGUGCGAAAGGGUCUGCCUGGUAUGAGUACCUCUCAACACAUUUCAGUGAAGCCCGAAGAUACUUCAUCUGGCCAUAACGAUCACGACCAAAAGUCCCGACAACACUCAGACCCAUACCAUGGUUCCGAUCCAGCUCAUAAUGCUGCGAGUGGCCUUUUCUUGUUAGCCCAGGCUCAGCACCAACAAGGUGAUAGCGCAGCUGCGCCAAUGGUCACAUCAGGAACCGGCUAUCAAAAUAACAGCCAGCUUCCGUCAGUAAUGUCUGGAUCCAAUGGGGGUCCUAUCGAGAGCCCAAGUCCUAGUCUUGCCAAGAGGGCUGUUGUCAAUAGCGCAAAUAACGCUGCUAUGAGUAGCAGCAUCAACAGGUCAGCAUCUAGUGUCACUUCAAUGGCCAACAGUAUUCGAGCGUCUAGCGAGGCUAGUGAUAUGAGUGACUCUGGUGAAGAUAUGCCAAUGAGCUCAAACAAUGGCUCACGAAAUGCCAGAGGAAGGAAAAGCAAGGGUGCAAGUAUGAAUGGAAGGCGAAAGGCUGAAGAUCAAAGUCCCAGUGGAGGAGCUUCCCGGAACAAGAAGGCUAAAGUCAAUCAAUCGAUUAGUGGAGGAAGUGAUGAUGGGAACGAUGGGAUGGACCUGGAUGAUAACCAAACUGGCAAAGACGGAAAGAAGAUGACAGAUGAAGAGAAGAGGAAAAACUUUCUUGAGAGGAAUCGUGUUGCUGCAUUGAAAUGUCGACAACGCAAAAAGCAAUGGCUUGCAAACCUUCAAGCCAAAGUUGAGCUUUAUUCAAGCGAAAAUGAUGCCCUUACUGCGCAAGUCACUGGCCUACGAGAGGAAAUCAUGUCUCUCAAAACCUUAUUACUUGCGCACAAAGAUUGCCCCGUUGCUCUUGCAAAUGGCCUUAAUAUCAACCUAGAAGCUGUAACCAGUAAUAUGGGAAACGUCAACCUUCCUAAUGAUUACAGUCAUGCACCAAUGAUGGGGCAAAAUUACAGGAUGGCAAUGGGGAACGGCGGGAACAACGGGAUGGGGAACAACGGGAUGGGUGGAAGCAUGAUGGGCCCUCCAGGCAGUGGACGAAGGUAUUCUUGA